CUGACCGUCACGGAAACCCCCACAUGCCAUAUCCUCAAGGAUAUACACUUUCCCUAUGAAGAGUGAACACAAACGCGUUGGCGGCAUUAGUGAGUGGCGGUAUAAGGUAUCUUUUUGAAAUGAUUUUGGUAGUUUGAUAGUGUCCUGUGUGUGUAGUGCGAUUAGAAGGUGCACAUGAAAAUUGUGAAUCUACUUUAAGCAACUAUUGUUUCUUUGUGCGUGUGUAUGUUGGUGCAGCUUAGUGUAAUCAUUUAAUUCAAUCUGUGCAAAUGUAAAUGUGAAGUUUCUCUAGGAGAGUGUUGAAUGCAAGUGCAUGUGUAUGUGGGAAGUACGAGAAAAAACACUUCUGUGCAAGUGAGCGUUUAAACGUAGCACAAGGUUAGUUAGCGGAAGUCGACGUGUCACCAUCAAAGGUCAUCCGUCAAAGAUGUUCCAGCCGCAGCUCCAGCUUUGCAAAGUCACCAGCGCGCUCUUCAUCAGCAAUGCACGCUCAGCCUGCACCGACGCCCUCAUCCAGCAGGAGGCGGUGACGCUGUGCAUCAACGUGUCCAAGCAGCAGCCCUUUCCCGCGGCCCCGUGCGUCGCGGUGCUGCGCGUGCCUGUCUAUGACGACCCCAACGAGGACCUGUACCGUUACUUUGACAGCUGCGCGGACCUCAUCCAGGACGAGGCAUCCAAGGGAGGUCACACCGUGGUUUACUGCAAGAACGGCCGCAGCCGCUCCGCUGCCAUCUGCAUGGCGUACCUCAUGAAGUACCGCAAGCUCUCGCUGUCUGAUGCGUUCACGGUAGAAAGUGAGGACUUCUCGCUCAGUGGUGGACCCCAACUCAGGAUUCCUUGCACAGCUGGAAAAAUAUGAGCAAGAGCUGAAAAAAAGGCAGGAGGAAGUAAACAAAGUGUCAACCUAAUAGUGCCACAUUCUUCACCCUCCACGACUCUGCACCUCAGCACCCUUUGCCCUAAACUUUGGUCCUAAUACUUUUGAGCAAGGUUUUGAGACACAGAUUAAACCUAAUCCUAGACUAAUUAUAUGACCAAGGUUUUCAGACACAGAUUAAACCUAAUCCUAGACCAAUAAUAUGACCAAGGUUUUCAGACACUUAUUAAACCUAAUCCUAGAGUAAUAAUAUGACCAAGGUUUUCAGACACAUAUUAAACCUAAUCCUAGACUAAUAAUAUGACCAAUGGAGAAUCUCUAAUGAAAAAUACAUAAAGUUUAAACAUACAUUUAUUUUGGAUUUAUGGAUUUGUUUAGAACAAUUUAAAGGACCCAAAGGUGCCGCAUCUGUGUUUGGGAAACCAACCACAUGUGUACUGCACCAGCACUGUCCCAGCUGAUGGAGCUGGUUGGUCAAGUGGCCCCUAGAAAAACAAGGCUAUGGUCCGAUAUUUUCCAUCCUCCUAAUGUAGUGUGGUUGCUGUCCAGACUCUCGUGAAUGUUUUAGAUUGUUUUUGUUUUGCUGCUUCAGGUAGCUUUGAGAUGAUCUGUUUAAUGAAAAGCACAAUAAUGGUUGACUCAGAUGUUGAAAAUGAAUGGUUAAAAUGAAUACUUGUGGUUGGGUAAUCUGACCCUACAUCAGUGGUUGAUCACUUACAUACAUGAAGCUCUUCCCCCUGUAUGACUUUGGCCCACUUCACCUUUAGCCUUUAGAGAACUAAAGGUGCCAUUUGUUUAACUAACUUAAUUUAUUAGACAAUGUAUAGAAAAUAAAAAAUUUAGUACAUACUUAGUAUGCUAGUUUCUUGUGUGAAGCUAUUAAGGAAAGAUUUAAGCAAAAUAUGUGUGUUUGUUAUGUAUUAUGAAUAUCUGUAUCUUUAAACUCUUGCUAAAACGAAACACGAGCAGCUAUGAAUGCUUAUAGCAAGGCUUAUAAUUAAAAAUAAGUUCUAAUCCACAAGAGGGUUAUAAAAGGUCUAUACAAUGUGUCAUCAUAAUGCAUUACCAUCAGGGAGUUCAUGGAGGAGCACAAGUGUCUUUACAGCAAAAACAAAACUCUGAAAAACACUAAAGUCAAAUUGUGUCACUGUAUCAAUGCAUCGUCAUAGUAAUAUGUCGUUUUAUGCAAUGAACCACCAAAUGGACAACCCAGUGUCAGACAUUUGACAGUUUUUCAUGCUCCUUUUUGGCUUCUAUAUAAUGUCAUGAAAAUGUACGCCACCAAUGGGUUGGUAGCGUUACUGUGGCUGUCUACUAAUGGACAGCGCUUAGGUGCUCACUUUAAUAACACAGUAGGGACUGUUGCAGUUCCACCUUUAAAAUCUAGAGGGGACUAUUCCAAUGGUAUACUGUCGAAAUCUUGAUAAAAAGACGCUGCUUCGUGGAGAUUUAUUACUGCAAGAUUUUUUCUUCAGCUAAGUAACCUUUCUCCUACACACACUAAAUAUUUAUCCAAGCAAUACUGAAUAUUAACUCUUCAGGAACCUAGAGAGUUUUGAGCCAUUAAAUGUUAGUUAUAGCAGCAAAUGUAGAGGAGGCGCAAUUACCUAUAAUACAGAAAGCUACAAUAGAGGGAUGGUGUGACGUAGAGAGUAUCCCUUUUAGCCUUGCAGAGAUGAUCAAUGAGUUGUGGUAUUGCUGUAUAUCCAUGAUUUGUUUGUACUAGUGCUGACUCUUAACUGUGACAUGUGGUACAACAUGAGAGAAAUAGCAGUAGGAAAAAAUGCUUCUCUAUGAACUGGAUAUAUAUAUUUCAGAAAGUAUAUCACUGCUAAUCCCAUAGGAAAAUGUUGAAGUACACUUUAUUCAGCCAGAAAAACAGAUAUGCAAUGCAUGUACUUCAUGGCCAAGUUAACAAGCCAGCAAAUCAUUUGAACUUCUGUAUUAAAGCCAUCUACUGUACCACUGUAACUUGGACUACAAAUAUGAACAUUUGUAACAAUAAAGAAAAACGGUGAAACAUGA